AUGGCGCUAUAUGGGACUUCUGACGCCUUGAUGUGCAGGGCGUUCCCAACGACUUUGAGGGGGCCGGCCCGCGCAAGGUACAACGACCUGAAGACCGGGACCAUCACUUUCUUCGAUCGGCUCGCCAGAGACUUCGAGCUCAACUUCCUAGCCUACGCCCGACCAAAGCCGUCCGUGGCGUUGCUCCUCGGACUCAACCAAAGGGAGGAUGAGCCCCUCUCCCAUUUUGUGAACCGUUUUACGACGCAGAUCCAAGGGCUCUCGGACGCUCACCCCUCUCUAUUGAUGCAGGCAUUCAUGAUAGGCCUGCGACCUUCCAGGUUCUUAUGGUCUCUGGUGGAGCGACCCCCCACGACGGUACCCGAGAUGCUCCAGCGAGCAAGCCAGUUCAUCGCCGCAGAGACAUGGAUGGCCGUGAGGCGCGAAGAGCACAAGAGGGUCAAGCCGGAGCCGCCCCGACAGCAGCAACCCGCUGCAUCACAACGUAGGUUGGACAGAUCCGACCCGCCGGCACCGAGGCCCCCUCUCCCCGCCUUGAGCUCGUCCCAAACAGAAAUAUUUCUCCACAUAAGGGAGAAGGGACUGCUCAAAGAUCCCUACCCGAUGAGGAGUCCGCGAGAGGUGGCAGACCGAUUGAAGUACUGCUGCUUCCACCGGCAGCAUGGGCAUGACAUUGAACAGUGUCGGGAGUUGAAAAGGCAGAUUGAGGAGCUCAUUCGUAGAGGGCAUCUCGGCUAG